AUGUGCACCGGAGCCUGUUCUAAGUUCAUCGCCAUCCCGCUCUAUGUCAUGGCUCUAGUGUCGAUCAUCUGCAACAUCAUGCUCUUCUUCCCCGACUUUAGUACGGAGUAUGCAGGCGAAGAGGGGCAAAUCACAGUGGAGGCCCUAUAUAUGGCGGGCCUGAUAGGAGGAGGAAUCAUGGUCCUCAUCCCUGCCAUCCACAUUCACCUGACCAGUGCUAAGAACUGCUGUGCCAACCGCUGUGGGAUGUUCCUGUCCAUUGGUUUUGGAGCGGUUGGUGUGGUGGGGGCCGUGUACAGUCUGAGUGUCGCCGCCCUGGGCCUUGCUAACGGGCCAACAUGCUUCUGGAGCAACAUAGACAACCCCAUUCCACGAUGGGGGACGCCCUUUGCUAACAGUAACGGGAGCUACCUGUCCGACAAGGAGCUGUGGAGUUGGUGUAAAGCUCCGGAGAACGUGGUUGAAUUCAACCUGGGUCUGUUCUCUACUCUGCUGGUGGCGGCGUGCGUGGAGCUCGCCCUCUGUCUCAUCCAGAUGGUCAACGGACUAUUUGGAUGUAUCUGCGGCACAUGUGGCAAAGAGUAAGCUGAACUACAACGCACCAUGACUUCUUGAAGAAGAAAUGACAAGGAUCAUCAUCAACGUCACCAUCGUUAUCAUCA